CUCUUUCACUCAACUUUCUUCUAUCAGCUUUUCUCUCUUCCCUCUCUGUUUCUCUUUAUAAACUUUUAUUUCUAAUAAUAAUAAUAAUUCUCGAUGUCGAUUGAAGCUUUGAAGUCACCCACGGCAGUGCUACCACCGCUGGAAGAGAUUGAUGAUUCGCAUAAUUUGGAUUCGUGGGCUAAAGGAAAACGAUCGAAACGACCACGUAUUGAUAAUCCACCAACUCGAGAUCAGUAUUUAGCACUCUGUUUACUCAUGCUCGCUAACGAUGACGGUACCGGAUUUGGAAAAGGAAAAGGAACCGGUUCGAUUGGUGUUGUUAUUGAACAACAACAACAGGAGAAAAAACCGGCCGAGUUGAAACCGGUUUUUAUUAAAGAGAAAACAGAGCAAUUAUUCAAGUGUAGCGAGUGUCCUAAAGUUUUUACUUCUUAUCAAGCACUUGGUGGGCAUAAAGCAAGUCACCGUAAAACUAACGUUCCUGCCACCGGAGAUGAUGAUAACAAUCCGUCGACGUCUACUUCCACUAGCGGUGGCGGCGGUAAUAUCUCUGCUCUGAAUCCGAGUGGCCGUUCUCACGUAUGCUCUAUUUGUCAAAAGGCUUUUCCAACUGGACAGGCUUUGGGUGGACACAAGCGCCGCCACUACGAAGGUAAACUCGGUGGUAACAAUCGUUAUAUAAGCGGCGGCGGUUGCGGAGAAGGCGUUCACAGUGGAAGCGUUGUGACUACAUCAGACGGCGGCGGCGGCGCGUCGACUCCGAUUGCGCGUGACUUUGACCUAAACAUGCCUGCCUCUCCGGGAUGGCAAUUGGGUCUGACCAUUGACUGUGGAGGUAGAAGUCAACAUCCGAUUGAACAAGAAGUAGAAAGUCCUAUGCCUGCUAAGAAGCCGCGUUUAUUUUUCGAUUGAAAAUUCUUAAUAGUAAUUUGAUGAUUGAAUUCUGUUUAAGUCAAAUUAGUUAAUUGGUUUUACAUGUGAUAUUAUUUUACUAUAUACUUUUUAGGAAAAAGUAAAACAUUUAUAAGUACUAGAGUACCUUUUAUCAUUUUGUAUAGAGACAAAAAGUAGGUUAUUCAUUUUCUACUAGUUUCUGUUGUUCAAUAUAAUAUUCUUUUUUAUUUA